UACCAACCAAUCUAAGGAAGACACCUAGCUGUACAGUAAAAAUUGAAAACUGAAAAGAUGCUAAGUAAAACGUUGUCGUCUCUACCCAGCUCCUUACUUGCUUCUGGGGGAACUACGACGUCGUCUUCUUUCAUUCUGCAAUAAGUACGGGAUCAGCCGAACCCACUGGCAAAAGGCAAUUCCUUGCUUCUUCCGUCUUCUGGGCCAUGACAACGAAUUCGUAGUCCUUGCAGCUGCCGAGGCGCUAGCUUUCAUUGUCGAGAUCGACUCUCACAUGAGUGUUCCCAAGUCUGCUGCUGUGGAAGAUAAUGGAGCACAAGGAGAGUCGUCGUCAUCAUCUUCUUCUUCUUCUUCAUCUCACCCUUCCAUACACAACAUUGCCCAGAAAUUGAACGAGAGGAUGCUUCUGAUGAAAGCGAUCGAACAUGAAGUGGGCAAAGAGCAAGAGAACACCAGGGCUACCAGGCUGGCAUUUGUGGUGAAGUUCUUUGAAGAAGUCAGCUCUUGCAAGAGAUUGGAGGCGACGGAGGAAAAGGGCAUGAUGCUGACAACAUGGACAGAAAGGCUGCAGUUUGCGUUUCUAGAGGGGUUUCUGGGAAAAGAAACGUUUGCUGAGCACAUCAAGGUGAACAAGCAGUUGCAGAGUAUGUUCACGUUGAAGAUGGCGGCAAAGAAGGUGGAUGAGAAACCGAGGAUCGUGGCUUAUGACGUCGAGAGGGAAGAAGUGAAGUCUCGUCUUUACAAGCCGGAACUGAAGUGGAUGACCAACGAGGAUGGCUCGCUGUACAACGAGGGGAGCAAGCAGAGGCUGAUCCUCAAGAAACUCAACAAAUCGCCUACUUCUUGGUGGAGCAAAGCAAGGACACAGCACAUGAAGAAGCAGCGCCAAGUAGCAGCUACUGACCGCGGCAAGAACAUAAUAGGUCCUGAAUACGACUAACUCUACACAUUGAUCCCUUUCAAUGCCAAACACACCCGCAAACUUCUGCAGCUUUCUUUCAUUUCCAGUUUGAACUUUCUUCGGUCACUUCCAGUUUUAAAAUUU